AUGUGGGACCAAUGGCGAGCACCUACAGGCAAAGAAUUUCCAGGGACGGCUUACGCCGCGAGCCCGAAUGGUUGGAUGGAAACAGAGAUUUUCACUAACUAUUUCAAGAAGACCCUUAUUCCAGCUCUUGGCAGUGAACGACCUAUGUUAGUGCUAUAUGACGGUCAUGCCACACAUUUUUCUGUUGAUCUUGUGGAAACAGCGAUGGCCAAUGACAUAACUAUUCUUAAAAUUCCAGCGCACACCAGCCAUCGUCUGCAGCCAUUGGAUGUUUCUGUCUUUAAAUCCUUUAAAGAAAAUUGGGAUCAAACAGUAACAAAAUGGCAACGGCAGCAUAUUGGGCAGAGAUUGCCUAAAUCUUUAUUCUCUCAAUAUUUAGGGGAAACUUGGAUUAAAGUUUCCGAAAGUUGUAUAGCCAAUGGGUUUAGCAAGGCUGGAAUUUAUCCUUUUAACCCCAACAUAAUUCCUAGAGAUCAUUUUUCCAAAGAAUCCCUGGAACGCUGGGAAAUCUCGCAAGUAAUGGCCAAUCCUAUGCCAUCAGCAUGUAGCCUUCCUUCGAUCUCGUCUUCUCGAGAGAAUUUCUCGGAAGAAGCCCUGGAAAACAGAGAUAAUUUGCAAGUUUCUUCGAUUUCAUCGAUGACUGAUGAAAGCCAACGAACAUCUGACAAAAGCAACUUAGAACACACUUCAAUAGAAGGCAUAAUUCUAUCUACUAUCCAUCAAAAACGUUUACCACCGAAGGAAAGGAAACGGAAAGUUGCAUCAGGCGCUCAGGUCAUUACUUCUCAUGAAAUUCUUGAAGUUCUACUAAAAGAUGCAGAAGAGAAGAAAACUAAGAUCAAAAAAGCCAAAAGAAAGACAAAUAAAGAAAAGAAAAAUAAAAAAAGAGCAGACAGCGAUAGUACAGAUUUGGAAUCGGAAAUUUCUUAUGCUGAGUCGGGAGAAAGUGAUUUUCCUGAAUACUUGCAAGGAAAUGAUCCGCUGUGUUCUAGAGAAGAUGAUAUAUUACCUUUUGCGGGGGAAGAACUACAAUUACUAGAGCAAAAAGAUCCGAUGGAUAUUGAAGAAAAUUCAGACAAAGAAAAUUUAGAUGAGGGAAAUUUAAACAGCAUCAGGAAGAAUGAUUUAGAUAUAUCUUUACAUACAGGCAAAUGGGUGAUAGUGAAAUACUCCUUAAAGAGGUCAAAUAAAUAUUAUGUAGGUAUCAUAAAAGACAAAAUCGACGAUUGCUGGGAAGUUCAAUAUGUAAGACGGGGCAAAAAAAGCUUUCAUAUGGCUGGAGGUUCAAGAUUUUGA